AAUAUAUAAAUAUGCAAAUAUAGUAAUAAUAAAAUUAUAAUAUGGUCAACUUUUGUGCUGUAUUUGGAUGUUCAAAUCGUUCAAAUCGUGAAAAGGGAAAAUCUUUUUUUCGUUUACCAAAAGUAGUUUGCAAUCAAGGCGAUGAUGGUAAGAUUUUAUCAAAAGAACGUAGAGAAAAAUGGAUAAAUGCCAUAAACAGAGUUGGUAACUAUCCUGAUGUCUUCCACACUCGAAUUUGCAGUGAUCAUUUUAUUUCAGGAAAACCUGCUUCUCUUUUCUCACAGAAUGAUCCUGAUUGGGUCCCUUCUUUAAAUAUGGGGCACAAAAAGUUUACGUUUGAGGUUGAGAAACCUAGAGAAAGAUACUUAUGACACAAAAAUCGUUCAUUGUUAAUAAGUCGAAAUGAUUCUAUGUCUUGUAGAAACAGCAUCACUAAUUUAAACCCUUCUGAAGAUUCAGUUGUAGAUUUUCAAAUAGAGAAUUUUAAAAAUAGUGAAUCAAUUGUCUCAGAAAGUGUUACAAUAGAUUGUGAAAACUUAGUAGAUGCGAGUGUUCAAACUGAUAUGAAUGUCAAAAAUAUCUAUUAAAUAGAAACUGAGUUUAUAUAUAAAAACAAACUUAAUUAUGAUUUGCGUGCAAAUUUAGUCAAACUCCAUGUGGGAACUAUUGAAUGGUUUGAUACCGAUUCAAAAGUAACAUUUUACACUGGAUUGCCAAAUUUGAAAAUUUUAUGUUGUUUAUUUAACUUCUUAAAACCUCUUAUAACUGAAAAUGAGAACUCAGUUUUAUCGUACUUUGAAGAAUUUUCUUUGACGCUUAUGAGAUUGCGUUUAAAUCUAUCUAUUAGAGUCCUUGCUUAUAGAUUUGA